CUGUACGCUGCUCCACUCGACCUUUGACCCCCGCCGGCCCGGAUGAAUCUGUGGCCUGUUUGAGAGCACUUUGAGGUCGUGGAGGCGGAGCCAGUUGAACCUUUAUGGUAAAUAAUCACAGAGACAGAAUGAAAUGAUUCUUCUUCUGGAGAUGAAGGAGGCAGUAAGUGAAGGAAGGAGGACACGAGGCAGGAGGAGACCAAGGAAUGAAGUAGAAGACAAUAAAAGCUGACUCUUAAUAAUGCAGGUAGUUCAUCUUCAUCAUCAUCUUUCCUCUCAGCACUGAAACUUCUGAAUCAGACGAACCAACAACCUGCUGCAGACCAGGAGACAGAAACACAUAAAUACAACGGCCCCUGAAUGCAUCGCUGCACUAACAAACUGUAAAAUAUACACAAAUAUGAAAUAUGAACACUUCUCCUGGUUAAAUCGUUUGCUUUAUUACGCUGGACCAAAACUACGUUUAGCAUUAGCACGUCUAUGCUAAGCUAGUUACUGAAGUCUGUUUCCACAGAUGACGUGGAAUGUUUUUACAGCUCAUACAGACAAGAAGCAGAUACACACACACACACACACACAGACACACAAGUGUGUGUCUGAGUGUGUGCGUGUGUUCAGUUUACAGCUGUGAGCUGAAGCAGACGUGAGGGUCUCACAGGGUUUACACCACGUCUACAUUAAUAAUACUUUCACUAUAUUUUGUAUAUACUUUGUGUGUACUUUAUUUAUUACAAAACAAUACAGAAGUUACGGGAAAAAGUGGACAACAGGUAGACAUGUAGAGGACAGGUAGAACAUGUAGAGGACAGGUAGACAUGUAGAGGACAAGUAGAACAUGAGGACAGGUAGACAGGUACAGGUAGACAUGUGGAGGACAGGUAGACAGGUACAGGUAGACAUGUAGAGGACAGGUAGACAGGUACAGGUAGAACAUGUAGAGGACAGGUAGACAUGUAGAGGACAGGUAGAACAUGAGGACAGGUAGACAGGUACAGGUAGACAUGUGGAGGACAGGUAGACAGGUACAGGUAGAACAUGUAGAGGACAGGUAGACAUGUAGAGGACAGGUAGAACAUGAGGACAGGUAGACAGGUACAGGUAGACAUGUGGAGGACAGGUAGAUUAACAGACUCCCCCCUCCUGACACUAGAGGCAGACUUAAUGUCUCCAUUAUCUCAAGUCUCUCCUUCAACAUGUGAACCUGGAGGACCUGGAGGACGUCUGUCACCACUCGGCUCUCAUCGCCCCCAGAGUCUCGGUUUCUCUGGACCAUUAAAGCUGUCCGUCCGUCCCUCACACUUCCCGCCUCGCGUUACCUGUCCACUGAUCCGUGUCCCGAGGAGGAGAUCAGUGAGGAGGAGACGAGGAGAGCUCACUACUCGGUCUGCAUGAGUUAAUUUUCCAUUGAUUUAUACAUUGAACCUCCUUGAACAUUAUUGAACCUCCUCCUGCCAGAGCGCUUGUCCUCUGAGGAGCUCUUUGGUGAAGCUGCAGGUUCUCCUUGCUAACGGGUGUUUGUGUUGGAAUGCGUGCGGAGCUGAGGGAUUAUCCGGGUAAUCUCCUCGCUAAUCCUCAGCACCUUUGGGCGCUGAGCCGCUUAGUAAAAACAUCACAGAUGAGGAGAAAAGUCUUUAGCUCCUCGUGCUGAGAGGAGAUGAUGACUCAACACUCGGUCCAUGAAGAACUCCACGUCGCCGCAGAUGAUACACCUCACUUCCUGCGGCUUCAGGUUCACACGCUGCAGCUGUAACACGUCUGGAACCCACGUAGCAUCGUAGCAUGAUGGAACUAGCGAGCUAGGUAGCGCACCGCUUGCUAAUUACAGUAUGCUACAAUGCUACACCUGAGUUGUUCCUUAUCUGCUGGAGGGAUGUGGUUUCCUGUGUGGAGGGUUAGCGGGUUAGCUAGCCACCAUGCUUCCAUGCUAACAUCACGCUGGUUUUUGACAGUUGUCUUCUGCUCUGAUUAGCAUGAAACAGAGCUAAUGCUAUGUCUGUGUGCUUAUCUCAUAGAUGUUUGAUGGCCGACGCCUCUUUGUGCGUCCGCUUGAAGGUGAUUCAUCUUCUACUCUGUUAAGACAAGUUAUGAAAAACCUCCCUGUAUCCGGGUAGAUUAGCAACAAGGUGAAUAACAGAAGGUCCCUUGAAGUUCCAUGAAAGUUGUCUUGACCCGGCAGUGGAUUGGUGGCCCAGUACUCGCGCAUUUACUUUGUGUCCCCCCCACAGUGUCUGCAGUUCGGUGAGGGCUCGGUGACGGGCGACAUGUGCGAGGACCUGUGCGUGGUCGGCCUGGUCGAGUACAAGCGCUGCCUCUACUACGAGAACGGGAAGAAGGUGAUCGAGGCUCGCUGGAGGGGAAGCCCCGUCAUCCUCAAGUCCAAGCUGGAGAACUUCUCCUCCUACGAACCGCUGGCGUUACUGGACUACCAGGACACAGAGGAGGAGCUGUCGCCGCUCGAUGUGGUUUUCUACGCCACUCUGGAGGUACGAAACUCUCUGGGGCUGGCUGAGGAUGACGAGGGGGAAGACGAAGGAGGAGGGGGGGGUAACAGCUCUCUGGCCAGGAUUUGGGAGAAGAAGCUGAAGAGCAGAGAUAGAAGUUACUCCCGAGCGGAGCUGGCUUCCCUCUGGUCUCUGCUGCAGCAGGAGGAGUACACCUUCCUCAGAGUCCUGCAGGACCUCAGCACCCACGUGGCCAAAGUGCUGGGCUCCUGCGGACACUUCUACGCCGUGGAGUACCUUUCGGCCGGCCACGCCUGGGACCAGAACAUCUUCUCGCUGGAGGGGGUGGAGGUCCCCGGGCCGCGGGCCAGGUGGAGCUCCAGGGAGAAGGUGCAGCGCAUCGCUCUGAGCUUCCUGGACAUGGUGCGCCACUUCGACCACGACUUCGCCCACAAGCUGCAUCUCUGCGACAUCAAGCCGGAGAACUUCGCCAUCAGGAAGGACCUGACGGUGGUGGCCAUAGACGUGGACAUGGCGUUCUUCGAGCCCAAGAUGAGGGACAUUCUGGACCAGAACUGCAGCAGCGAUGACGACUGCAACUUCUUCGACUGCUCGUCCCGCUGCGACCGGGACAGACGGAGGUGCAGCGCGGUGCGCAGGAACAGCAACCUGCAGGUGAUCUGUGAGAAGAUCUUCAGGCCCUGGUUUUCUCCGACUCUCCUCGGGUCCAAAGCCGAUCUCCCGCUGCAGGUGGAGCUGCAGCGGGCGGUGCAGGAGUGCUCUGAGACGGAGGGUGGAGGCGUGGAGGAGGAAGACGCAGCAGGAGAGGCGGGGGGCGGAGGUCAUAGCGUCCACCUGCGCCUCCUUAGCGUCCUGACCCGCCUCCUCCGGGAGGGAGGGGCUUCAGGGGAGGAAGGCGGGGCCUGGGAUGAGAAGGGUCACACGGCGCUGAACUUGUGAGAACUUCCACCUGGAGGGUUCUGGGUUUGAGUCCUCAGCGAGAUGUUUUCAGUCCAACGUCGUUCCUGGUUCUUCUUCAGGGUACAAACCCGUCCAGUGAGGCUCCUCAGCUCCACAGGAGGUCCUUCAGGGUGAGCCGCACCGUGGACCCUCUCUGGACAGAAGGACUGACCGCCAGCACAUCCUAGAGCGUGUUCCUCAGGAGGCCAUCAGUAGGGGGUGAGGAGACUGCUCCUCGACUGGCCACCUUCAUGAAGAAGGGAUUCUUUAAGUGUCUGAACGUAAAGAAGCUGAACUUCACUCAGAAGACCACCUCCAUCCAUAGAAGACCUUCUACCAGAGGAUAUAAGCAGCAGGAUGGGGGGUGCUCCUUCUGAUGAGUGUGAACUAAAGCUUCCAUUAAUAAAACCAUGAGAAGUGUGAA